UUGAACCAUUUUUGCUCCGCUGCGCCGUCGCCAUUAUCUAAUAGCCAAAUUUGAUUUGUGCUAUUGCAGUUCGUUCGUUGACUAUUAAAAACCAAAUUUCAUCUUAAUAAAAGUAACAGUGGUUUGAUUAGGUAUUAAUUUGCAUUAAAAAUGUCCAACGAGCAGGGUGACAAUAUGUCCGACAUUGUCCAGCCACAGCAGCAGGGAGAAAUGAAUGGAAAACCCAAGAGUGACUCCAAUGUGAGCAGGAAGGAGAGACCCCAGAAGAGAGGUGGAGGGGGUCGAUUCGAACCCUAUGGCAAUGUAAACAAAAGAUACCGAGUCUUUGUCAGCAACAUCCCCUACGAUGUAAAAUGGCAAACCCUCAAAGACUUGAUGAAAGAAUUAGUGGGUGAGGUAACAUACGUGGAACACUUAAUGGACGCAGAAGGCAAAUCGAGGGGUUGUGCUGUUGUUGAGUUUAGGACUGAAGAACUAAUGAAGAGAGCCGUGGAAAAGGUCAACAAGCAUAACCUCAAUGGGCGACCCCUUAAAGUGAAAGAGGACCCUGAUGGUAUCAUUGCCCAAAGAGAAAUGAACAAGUCCCAAGGUGGAGGUCCUCCAGGAGGGCAUGGUGGAAUGGGAGGUAUGGGCGGCAUGGAUCGGAUGGGGGGCAUGGAUCGGAUGGGCGGCAUGGAUCGGAUGGGCGGCAUGGAUCGGAUGGGCAGUAUGGAUCGGAUGGGCAGUAUGGAUCGGAUGGGCGGUAUGGGUGGAAUGGAUCGAAUGGGCCCAGGACCAACUGGCCCCAUGGUCAAUAUUCCUCCCAGCCUGAUGAACAACCCAAACAUCCCUAACGACGUCAUUCUCGGCCUCCAAAACGGCAGGAUUGGAAGCACCGUUUUUGUGGCAAAUCUUGAUUACAAAGUUGGGUGGAAAAAGCUCAAGGAAGUGUUCAGCAUGGCAGGCAUGGUGAUGAGGACAGAUAUUCUGGAGGACAAGGAUGGAAAAAGCAGAGGCAUGGGCACAGUGACAUUUGAGAUGCCCAUUGAAGCUGUCCAAGCUGUCUCUAUGUUCAAUGGACAGUUCUUGUUCAACAGAACUAUGCACGUUAAACUGGAUGAAAAAUCCCUCCCCAAAGAUUUUGGUCCACCAGACAGAGCAGCUGCCCUUCCACGUGGGCUAAGUGGUGUUGGUUUGGGCCUUGGACCUGGUGGACAGCCUAUUGAUGCAACAAUGCUCAACAGGGGAGGUGGUGGUGGUGGUGGAGGAAUGGGAAACAUGGGACCUGGAGGAGUGGAUGGAAUGGGGUUUGGCAACAUGGGAGGUCGCAUGGGAGGAGGAAUGGACAACUUUGGCGGYGUGAACAACAUGGAUCGUUUUGGCUCUUCAGGGAUGGGACGAAUGAAUGAGAUGGACCGUGGGAUCGGUGGUGGUUUUGACAGAGAUUUUGGACGAAAUGAAAUGGGAAUAUCUCGCAAUAGUUUCGGAGACUCCUUUGACAGAGGAAUGGGGAAUUCCGUGAGUAUGGACCGCAUGAACACUGGAAUGGACCGCCUUGGAAGUAACAUGGAUCGGAUGGGAGGGAUGGGCAUGGACAGGAUUGAACGUGUGUCUGACCUGGACAGGCUGGGAUCUGGGUUUGACCGUAUGGGUUCAGGGAUGGACCGGCUGGGGCCCAGUAUCGACAGGCUUGGUCCUAGCAUGGGAUCUAGCAUGGAUCGCCUUGGCCCUGGUGGGUUUGACCGUCUAGGUGCAUCCAGUUUGGAUCGAAUGGGUUCCAGCGUGGAUUUUAGCUCCACAAUGGGCAUGGAUCGCAUGGGCAGCACUGGAAUUGACAGAAUGGGAAGCAACUUCGAUCGCAUGGGAUCUACCGGAGGCCUUGACCGCUUUUCCUCCAGUGGCUUUGACCGCAUGAGCUCUGGGAUGGACCGGAUGGGAUCUGGAGGUGUUGGUGGUCAAUUUGAUCGCUCUGGUGAUUUGGAUCGUGGGUUUGUUGGAAAUUCUUUCGGUGGAGCCGUAGGGCCUGGAACUGGGGCAGGCAAUAUCAGGAAGGGAUGUCAGAUCUUUGUCAGAAAUCUGCCAUUUGACUUCACCUGGAAGAUGCUGAAGGACACCUUCAAUACAUGCGGAAUGGUCCAGUAUGCUGAUAUCAAGAUGGAAAAUGGCAAAUCCAAAGGCUGUGGUGUGGUUCGAUUUGACAACCCUGAAACUGCUGAGCGUGCCUGCCGGACCAUGAAUGGUUAUCGCCUGAGUGGAAGAGAAAUCGAUGUUAGGAUUGACAGAAACGCAUAACUCGCACAUUUAUGUUCCAUCUGAUAGUUUUAGUCAGCAAUGUCUAGUUACUCUGCAUGACCAGAAAUCUUCAACAUAUUUGGUUUAGUAAAUGUUUGUAAUUGAAUGUUAUUUUAGUUAAUAACCUAUCAAAGUUAAUGUUUUUUAGUUUUUCCUCAUGUUAGUAUUCUACAUUUUAGAGGCUUAAUUUUUUGUCAUGCUACACCUGACAUUGCCUUUGUUCUGUGAGAUGUUUUGAUAAAUAAAUCUCUACAAAAAAAU